GUGCCUGUGUAAUGGGAAUGUGAGACAGUGAAUGAGUGUGAGAGGGUGAGUGGGCUGUGUAACGAGAAUGUAGUGACGGUGAAUGCGUGUGACACGGUGAGUGUGAGAGAGUGAGAGGGGCUGUGUAAUGGGAAUGUGAGAUAGUGAAUGAGUGUGAGAGGGUGCGUGUGAGAGGGAAGCUGUAGAACCGUUUGGAAAAGGAAAGUUUCGAGCUGAGAAAGAAAGGUUCGCGUUUUGAGGAUGUCCGGGGAUCUCUUUGCGGCCUCCGUAGAUCCAGAAGACCCGGAGAGAAGAGAGAGAGAGAGAAUGAGUGCGAGAGAGUGAGAGCGGCACCGAAGCUCAGGGCUCAGGGCGAGGCCCAGACCUGGAGCACAAGCCAUGAGGUCGGUCAGUUACGUGGAGCGAGUGGCGCUGGAUUUCACCGGCAAUCUGUUCCCGCAGGCGGUGUGUCUGGGAGACACCGACAACAACGGGUUGAAUGAGCUGGUGGUUGGUGACACAAAUGGUAAACUCUAUGUGUAUAAAAAUGAUGACAGCAAGCCUUGGCUUACUCGAUCAUGCAUUGGAAUGGUGACGUGUGUAGGUGUAGGAGACAUCUGCAACAAGGGCAAGAACUUUGUGGUUGCAGUGGGCGCUGAGGGAUGGUUCCAUAUCUUCGACCUCAGUGGUGCGUCCUCCACCUCUGAGUUGUCCAGUCACCAUGACAUUCUGUUUGGGGAGGAGCAGAGAGUCUCCUUCACACAGCACAUCCCAGCCAACACCAAGGUGAUGCUCAUCAGUGACAUCGAUGGAGAUGGAAGGUGUGAGAUGGUUGUGGGAUAUACUGAUCGUGUCGUCAGAGCAUUUCGCUGGGAAGACUCCUCCACUGAUGGAUCUGAUCACAUUGCUGGACAGCUGGUAUUCCUGAAGAAGUGGCUUCUGGAAGGACAGGUUGACAGCCUUUCAGUUAACCCAGGACCUGAUGGAACUCCAGAACUGAUGGUCUCACAGCCGGGCUGUGGAUAUGCGGUUCUUCUCUGCACCUGGAGAUUAGAUCAGGAUUGGACAAUGAAAAGAGACCAACCUACUGUCUCUGGCAGCGAAGGCCUGGUCAGAGAUGUUAUUCUGCACCAGACAUCCGGACGCAUUCAUAACAAGAAUGUCUCCACCCAUUUGAUUGGCAGCAUCAGCAGAGGUCCCAGUGAGGAUGAGUCAAAAUCUGGACUGUUUGCUCUUUGCACUUUGGAUGGUACUCUCAAGUUAAUGGAUGGAUCAGAAAAUCUUCUGUGGUCUGUUCAAGUGGAUCACCAGCUUUUUGCCUUGGAGAAGCUGGACGUAACAGGCGAUGGACGGGAGGAGGUUGUGGCCUGUGCGUGGGAUGGACAAACCUAUAUUAUUGAUCAGAACAGGUCCGUUGUACGAUUUCAGUUUGAUGAGAACGUCAGUGCAUUUUGUGCUGGUAUGUUUGCGUGCAAAGAGGGUCGAAACAAACCCUGUCUGGUGUAUGUCAGCUUCAACCACAAAAUCUAUGUGUACUGGAGGGUGCAGCUGGAGCAAAUGGAAUCCACUAACCUUCUGAAGGUGCUGGAGGAGUCAGCGGAGUUUAGCAGCCUCCUACAGGGCACAUCAGUGGACACCAAUGACACAAGUGCAGUCCGAAGCGCACUUCACCAGAUUUUGUACUUCCCAGAGCAACCUGAGGAGGGCCCUGGUGGAGAAACAGCAUCGAAGGCAGCCCACACUGAAGCUGCCUGAUGGACUUGAAGCCACGUGAAAGCAAGGACUGAGAAGGACAACACAGGAAGAAAAAUCUCCUCAAGUGUUACCUUAAGGCAGACAGAGGACAUGAGGACAAGAGAGGACAGGACAGAUGCCAUGUUCUUUAACAAGGCCUUGUUUUGAGGCAACUUUCAGGCGACAGACAGAAGAUUAGAAACUUUUCUCAGCAUGAGGAAUGAGAGUUUUGAUGGGGCACAAUGUACGUGCAGACCAUGGAGAACAUCUAAAUCUAGAUUUUAUUAACUAAAUAUAUUGUCUUGUCAUUUAACAUGUGUGCUAAGCCAUAUAAGCUACGCCUGUGACCUGUGCCUGUGGCCCAUGCUAUUGAACUACACCACUGUGACCAGUGCCAGUGGCCUGUGUGAAUGACCUGCACCAGUGGCCUUUGCCAGUGACCUCAGUUAUUGACCAGCACUGGGUUCUGCAUCAGUGAUCUGUGUAAGCUCUGCUGUGGAGCAAAUAAAAGCCACGUUCACAGAUUGGAAGUAAAUUCCUAUUAUUGGAAAUGUUCUCUUGAUCAGCUUGACUGGAUUUAUGUUUCCAUGCAGCGAUCCACCUGACGCACGCCCUGCCUCAUGCCAAUUAUUGAUGAGCCUAUAGGUUCCACCUGCCUGUAGGAAUAUUGAGGAUUUCCCGCUUUCCUAGCUUCCCAGAAUGGUGGGGAUUUAAGACCUGUUGCAGGGACUAAAGUCUCUGCUUGGCUUUGCAGUUCAGUGGCCUUUGGUCGAAGUUACAGGAUGGUGACCUCUGAUUGAAAUGGCAGGACUGUGGUCUCUGCUUGGAGUUACAACACUAGCCUCUGCUUGAACUUUGGGGACUGGUCUCUGCUCGGAGUUGCUGAGCAGAGAUGGGUCAGUUUGGACUGAGCAGACAAAGAGCUGAAUUGGCUGAUUGGCACUUUGAUUUAACAUGUCACUCAACAAUGUUGUGACUUCCCCAGUCCUACACUGGAGUGUAAGCCCAGACUGAGCUCAAAUUUUGAUGUUAAGCAUGAACCCACAACAUUUUGACCCAAAAGCUCGAGUUCUGCCAACUGAACCUGGCUGUCGCUCUUUUUUCAAUAUUAAGAAUUAACUAACUAUUUCAAAUAGUUCCACUGUUGAGACUACUGAUGAGCACUGGUUUGGUUUGAUAGUAGAAUUAAGUUGUAAUUAGCUUUUCAGUGUAACAUAAAAAAUCCUGAUCUGAU